GCCUGCAAAAUGUUCCAGGGAUAGUCGAAGAGGAAGAAGAGGCGGCGGGCCCCCGAACUUGGAGCAGCAGUCGUGGCGCCGUUGCCACGAGUCGCGCCGCGGUCCUCGUCCGCGCAAGCGGGCGAGGAGGACCACAUGGGAGGCGGCAACAUGGCCCACGCCAACACCAUGCUCUAUGUAACGCGUGUCAGCUUUUGUAUCUUUGUCUUGUUCGCCAUGUACCUGCUUGGAAUGCUGUUCUACGCGAGGACCACCGCAAGUCCCCCGGCACCCGUUAUUGUUUACCAGAAGGCCGCACCAUGCCCAUCCGCUGCUCCGAUAAAGACACUCGCAGACGUGCCUUCUUCGACGCCACCAGCUCCAUCCACGAGAAGCACCGCUAAGAGGCCCCGCGCGUCGUUCGCUGCACCCGAGGCAGCCGAAACCGAGGAGAAGCAGCAGCAAUAUUAUCACCUGUUCUGCUUCUUCAACCAGUCGAUGCAAGAAGGUCCGUCCACCACGAGCCUCGACGUGUCCCAGAUUCCGGUGGGUCUCUGCACUCACCUAGUCUAUAGCUCUGUCGGCAUAAACUCGAGGGGCUUCACACUUAGCCUGGAGGGCCACGACUCGGGACAGGGUGCAAUUGAACGGUUCGCCGCAUUUGGGCAACCCAGCAAGUUGCUCGUUGCAGUGGGAGGGUCACGCCAUGACUGGCGCGCCUACCAGGACAUAGCUUCAGACCGCUACAUUGCCAGGGAUUUCGGGCACAAAUUGCGGCGCUGGAUUCACGACCGAAGCCUUCACGGCGCCGUCGUCAACUGGCCGGUGCCCGCUGAGCAACGAGACGUGACCGAACUUGUGCAGGAGGUGAAGCGAGCACUGACUGGCGAGCAGCUGCUUGCGGUGCUCCUGCCACAUGACAAGAGGAGGCGCCGCAGGAUGUUCGACGUGCGACGUCUGGCCACGAUCGCAGACUUUCUCCUUUUCCGCAUGUACGGGUCUCACGGGCCCCACCGCACUGAGUAUCCGAUUACGGAGCAGGACAUCUCGCUCUUCCCCAAAGCCGCGCGCUCGGAGACCGGCCGCGACGUGUUCAACAAGGCUUGCAUGGUUCUGCCAUUGUCGGGUUUGAGCUUCGUGCGCGCCGCCUCCUCAACGUCGCUGACCCCUGGAGCUCCGGCAAAAGGACUGGGCCCCGCGGGCCGCCACUCCCGGCAAGCUGGCAGCCUCGCCUACAACGAGCUGUGCGCCGCCAACUGGACGCAGGUUCAUGCGGGCCACUACGGCACGGCCGCCACCCGUGGGUCCGUUUGGGUCGGCUACCACGACGCCACCCAGCUCGCCCGGAUCGUGCACGUCGCGCGGCGACGCCACGGCGCCAGCUGCUUUGGCUUGUGGGCGCUCGGGGACGACGACUUCCGCGGCUCGUGCGGCGCCACGAAGUUCCCGCUCGUGCGGGCCGUCGCGGCCGAGUGCAAGGCCCCCAUUGCCACCUAGCGUCUCUUGCGCCCAUGCCACGCUGUGCGGAAUGCGCUCACUUUUGUGGACACACACCGAAGAAGGCGCGAAGGCUCACGGACGUCUAAGUUUAACAUAGGUUGCACUUGUCCAGCGUCCGUGGUGCGACGCAUUUCAAAAGUUGUGAAACUCGAAUGCCACGAACUGGCACUGUGUAGAGAACAAAGAACAAGCGUGAUCCUCAGGAGCUCUUUUGUGUUUUCCGCUGCCACAGCGUCUGUCACCCAGUUGUCCACAUAAAAAUAUUCAUAAUGCU